UGUGUAGUUUCUUUUACAUUAAUUAACUUAUAAUCAUUGAUUGUUAUUGAUGGCAAAAAAAAAAAAAUCAUUGAUUGUUAUUAGUAUAAACUAGUAUUAUCUUAUCAUAUCGUAUGAUUAUAAAAUUUGGAAUAGCAACUGGAAGUAAGCAAUACAAUAAGAUUCGCGACCUUCCUUCCACACUUUGAGCCUCUAAUAAUUUCAUGUUUUUUUUUGUAAAAAACUUAUAAUUUCCUGUUGACAUACAUUUCUGUAAGGGCAAAUCUCAAAAAUAACAUAUUUCUAAGUUUAUAUCACAAAAAUAGCACUCAAAAACUAAAAUGACCAAAAUAGUAUUUUAUUUUUUUUUAAAUUUAAUUUUUUUUAUUUUUCAAAAUUUGAAAUCUUAUCCCCAAAACCUCAGUUCUCAACUCUAAACCCUAAAACCUAAACUAUAAACCUUAAAUCCUAAACCCUAAACCUCACCCCUUUAGUGCUAUUUUUAUGACUUUUGGCCUUGAGUGCUAGUUUGUGGCCGUCUCUUCCGCAGUUCGCGCAAUGUAUAAAAUAUGGUAGCUACGUUGACUCAGCGCAUUAUUUGUAUUUCCCCUAACCUUUUUAAAUGUAUAGCCUUUUGACUAUUGCAUUUUUAUCAUUCAAAUUAUUAUGCUUUAAACACUCUUUGUACAAUAUGUCAAAGAAAAUAAAAACUCUUUUAAAAGUUGCAUAACAUACAUUCCAGUUCCUUGAAACUUGAGAGUAUCAAACCGUUGUAGUAUUUAGGAUACGUCCCAACUAAAUACUAGUAUUAAUCUGUUUCAUAAACUUAUCAAGAUACUUCAAUCAAUAUUAUGUUGAAUUUGUGUGCUAUCAUAACAUUAUAACCAAUUAUUACUUGUAAUUGAAUUGAUAAGACUUGGUUAGCUUUUUACGCGGAGUAAACAUAGGCUUAGAUUUCUGAAAAUAUGGCUAAAAUAUAACAUAUAAUAUGUUUUAUGUAAUGAAGACGCGGAUUCAAUUAUCUAAUGUCAAACCUGUCCCAUCUUCACCUUAUAAUUCAUACUAAUCUUCAUAUAUAUUCUUUUAAUAAUGUAUGCAAUUAUUAAAAUCAUUCUCAUAUCUUUAGAUUUUAUAUAUAAGCUUCCGUUGUCUUCUUCGAUCCUCUCAAAAUCAAAAUAUUGGAUCUUACACACAUAAUCUCCCGAUCUCUUGAUCAACAAAACACUCAACUAUGGGCAACUACGUUUCAUGCGCUCUAAGCAAAACGACUUCCUCUAAUUUAUCAUCAUCAUCAUCACCGGCGGCUAAAGUGAUUCUCCCGGACGGUGGAGUGCGUGACAUCAACGUACCAACAAAAGCAGCCGAGCUCAUGAUGGAGAUGCCAAGCCAUUUUCUCGUUGACGCAAAGUCCUUAAAAAUAGGUCGUAAACUCAUCCCUCUCGCAGCCGACGACGACCUAGACGUUGGAGGCUGCCAUGUAUACGUCGCGUUCCCCAUGACGCGUGUGGCUUCUGCAGCCAAUGCAUCCGACAUGGCUCGGAUCUUCAUGGCCGGCAAGAAACGUUUGAGAAGCUGUGACAAUAGGAAAGUGUCUCCAGAGGAGGAGGAAGAUGAAGACGCGAGGUUGGUUAAGGGAACGAAACUGAAUCUUGAAGAUAUAGAAGAUUUCUCGGCGGUGGAGUUUAUGCAUAGGAUCUCUGUUUCCAAAUCUAAGAAGCCAGAGUUGGAGACAAUUGUCGAAGAAAACGUGUCGUUGUAAUAUUACAACAACCCGAUCUAUUAUUUAUUUAUUUUAUUUACUGAAGUGCCUCUUUUUUUUGUGGUAUUAAUGUAACAGAACGAGACAAUAUUAGUCCAGAUAUAGGUUUUGUUUCCCUUAUGUAAAUGUUUUAUUUGGGGUUAAUUUGUGGAUUGUGGAAUCAUUGGUAAAUUAAGAAUACGAAACUAUACUUUACUUAAAAA